UGUGCUCUGUAUUCGCCUCUGGAGCUCCAACUUUUCAGUAUCCAACCAGCUACAGACAGAGAAGUCGCGAGCAGAACGAUCGUAGGUCAAAACUAAUGGAAAUUCGUACCACAUUUUAUGAUAGGGCUUGUGACUAAAGACACGGACACGCGCCCAAGAGUCCUUGCACGGACUUUAGAGGAAAAAACUGAAGUUUCUUCAGUCCACUGAUUCAGAGAAAAAGAAGUAACGAAGGGUCUUUCUCGAGCUGAUUUGUGAAGAGUAAUCUACAAAGAGCCCAAGACCCUUGAGUCGUCAUGCGAGUGCGGCGACCACGCGCACGGUUUUGUGGACUAGCGUGAGCUAUUUAGGGUCUAAAAAGAGACAUAAAACACCUAUUGUAAAAAAGUUUCAUAUCUGAGUAAGAAGAGAAUUGUUGUUGUGUUUUAUUUUUUUUAAAUACAAAGCAUCGGGUAUUUUUUUACACCAGACUUCCUUCAAAGUUGUUUUACCCUUGCAACUAUGGCGGACUCAAAGAAAUCGGACCGGGCAUUUACAGCUGCUUGUGCGCUGAUGAUGGUGAGUGCGCUUUUCCCGUUGUGUUCCGGACAGUAUCACGGAGAGAAGGGGAUCUCGAUACCCGAGCAUGGCUUUUGUCAGCCCAUCUCCAUUCCCCUCUGCACGGACAUCGCCUACAAUCAAACCAUUAUGCCGAACCUUCUGGGCCACACAAACCAAGAGGACGCAGGGCUUGAGGUCCACCAGUUCUACCCAUUAGUAAAGGUGCAGUGUUCCAUGGACCUAAAGUUUUUCCUCUGUUCCAUGUACGCACCGGUCUGCACCGUGCUCGAGCAAGCAAUCCCACCGUGUCGCUCGCUAUGUGAGCGAGCGAGACAGGGCUGCGAGGCACUCAUGAACAAAUUCGGCUUCCAGUGGCCGGAGAGACUUCGCUGCGAGAAUUUCCCAGUUCACGGAGCAGGGGAGAUAUGCGUUGGUCAGAACACUUCGGACACCGGCAGCCCCACUUCAUACCCGACACCAUACGUUCCAGAACUCAUGACCCUGCCGCCCAACAUGGGUCGGCCGGCCAGUCCACAACAAUUCUCCUGCCCUCUUCAGCUGGAGGUGCCCACUUAUCUCAACUACAACUUCAUGGGAGUGAAAGACUGCGGCGCGCCGUGCGAACCCACUAAGCCCAACGGAUUGAUGUAUUUUCGUGAAGAAGAGGUGAAGUUCGGACGUCUAUGGGUUGGCAUCUGGUCGAUUCUAUGCUGUGUGAGCACCCUGUUCACGGUGCUCACAUAUCUGGUGGACAUGCGGCGCUUUCGGUACCCAGAGCGACCCAUUAUCUUCCUCUCCGGCUGCUACUUCAUGGUGGCCGUUGCAUAUGCGGCCGGGUUCUUUCUGGAGGACAAAAUAGUGUGCAUUGAUAAGUUCAAAGAGGACGGAUACAAGACUGUGGCACAGGGCACCAAGAAAGAGGGUUGCACCAUCCUCUUCAUGAUCCUCUACUUCUUUGGCAUGGCCAGCUCCAUCUGGUGGGUGAUUCUGUCCCUAACCUGGUUCCUCUCAGCUGGGAUGAAGUGGGGGCACGAGGCCAUCGAGGCCAACUCUCAGUAUUUCCACCUGGCUGCUUGGGCUGUCCCAGCCGUGAAGACCAUCACCAUCCUGGCCAUGGGACAAGUGGACGGAGACUUGCUCACGGGUGUUUGUUAUGUGGGCAUCUACAAUGUUGAUUCCCUGCGUGGAUUCGUCCUGGCACCACUGUUUGUCUAUCUGUUCAUCGGGACUUCAUUCCUCCUCGCUGGAUUUGUGUCCCUGUUCCGGAUCAGAACCAUCAUGAAACACGACGGGACCAAGACGGAGAAGCUGGAGAAGUUGAUGGUACGUAUCGGAGUGUUCAGCGUCCUUUACACCGUUCCAGCCACCAUUGUGAUAGCCUGCUAUUUCUACGAACAAGCUUUCCGAGGACAGUGGGAAAAGACCUGGCACAUGCAGACGUGCAAGCGUUUCGCCGUGCCCUGCCCCCCAAACAACUUUGCUCCCAUGACACCGGACUUCACCGUCUUUAUGAUCAAGUAUCUGAUGACAAUGAUUGUCGGCAUCACCUCCGGGUUCUGGAUAUGGUCGGGCAAAACGCUGCAGUCUUGGCGAAGGUUUUAUAAAAGACUGAGCAACAGCAACCAAGGGGAAACUACAGUAUGAAGUACAUAAUUGGUCACAAAUGAUUAUAUCAGUGUGUAAAGCCAGGAUAUGCAUCCUGACGUUUUAAAACAAAGAAUGAUCCUUGUGGAUCAUUAUGUGGUCUCUGAAUGGACUUUGAAAAGCGAACUAUCAGAGCGCCGUCUCCUACCUAACUUACAGGCCGGAGCCAUCGGACUCCUUGAUUCCAAGGCAGAUGUGAAAAGCUCAAAUAUGGACACGUAUAUAGUGCCGUUAGACAAAAUGGUCCGUGAAAUUCAAAAUUACGGCGAUUUGAUCGAUUUUAUCCUAUUUUUUGCGCAUGUUUGUCAACUGAUUGAAAAGUACCAACCUACUGCUGGGUCAAUGUAACCACAUGAUUUACGACACGUAGGCCUACAAGUAAUUAAGAGCCUCGUUAUCUAGGCCUCCAAUUUCAGGCUGCCAUGUCUAUAAAAAAGACUGAACAUUUGCCUUACAGAUUGAUUGUCCCUUUUAUUCUGUGUGUGGUAAUUUGUUUGACACACAGCCAACCAGUGACAAUCAUGCAUAUUUGUGUCACUCAAAAGUCAACAUGGACAUAUGUUUGCAAUGUAUUGGUAUUGGGAUAAAAUAUGCAUGUGUGUAGCUGUGAAAUUAUGCAAGCUACUAUAAGCGACAGUACAGGACAAACUUUGUAAAUACUCACUUUUUCCUUAAAGAAUAUAUGUAUUUAUGAAGAUAAUCUUGCUUUUUUACUCCAUUUUUAAAUGCAAUAAGAGACCGUUUGUAACUGUACAGUUUCACUGAAUAAAGUGAUUAGAUUUUUAA